GCAUCUGCACCACAAAUAAAUGACCUGGGUUUUAUGGCAGGAGAUUUGUUGUGUGCGAUACUAGAAAUCAAGGAUAAGCCCAAUCUUUUCAGAUCAUACUUAGAACAACUUGAAGGCACUCUUAAAAGUGUGAUGCCUGUGAUUGAAGAUUGGAGAAGGUCGAAGUUGAAGCUAGAAAAGCGACAACGGAGCAAUUUCGCUAAGUUGUCGGAGAAGUUACGGAAUACAGUGGAGGUCGUUAGGAAGUGCCCCAAGGUCCAUUGCUGGAACUUCAUACAGAAGAUCCGGUACUCGGUUAAGCUUGGCAAAUUGGACGAAUAUAUGACCGGUUUCUUUAACCUGGAGUUGAAAACGGAUAUCUGGCGCGACAACAAACAGCUUCUGCUUGAUUUCCAACAAGUGCUGAAGAAGGUGGAAGGACUGAGUUUGAAUCAGGGAGGGAGUAGGGGUUCCUUUCGAAAUGGGUCCAAGGGUUUGUAUGCGGUUCCUAGACUCCCUGAUCCUGUUGUUGGAUUCGAUGUUCCUUUGAGGGAAUUGAAGAUGGAAUUGCUGAAGGAAGACGUGAAGCUUCUUGGACUAUGUGGUCCAGGAGGAUGUGGCAAGUCAACGUUAGCUGCCAUGCUUUCUAAAGACAAGGAAGUGCAAGGCACAUUCAAGAACAUAUUGUUUUUAACCGUUUCAAGCACACCAAACUUAAAGGUGAUUGUAAAGACACUUCUUGAACAGAUUGGUGGUCAGGUGCCUGAGUCUGAUUUGAGUGAUGAGGAUGCAAUUAAGCAGUUGCAAUACCUUCUGAAGGAGAGAAUGCCAAAGCCGAUGAUGUUAGUUCUGGAUGAUGUUUGGGAUGAAUCAGUUGUUGACAAGCUUUCCUUCAGUAUAGAAGGAUAUAAGCUGCUGGUUACAUCAAGAGAGUUAUUUAAAAUAUAUGAUGAUAAAUACCAUGCUAAGUAUCUUUUGGGAACACUGAGUGAGCAAGAUGCCAUAAACAUCUUUCGUCAUGCAGCAUUGCUUCAAGAUGGGAAUGAGAACUAUUUGCCAGAUGACGAUCUCCUAAAUGAGAUAGUGAGAUGUUGUGACGGAUUCCCACUCGCUAUUAAAGUGAUUGCCAAAUCUCUCUGUGGACAGCCUGCAAGGGAAUGGCAAAGAGUGGCAAGGAAACUGUCUGAAGGUUCCUCCAUUCUUGAUUUCAACAAGUAUUUGCUAGAACGUCUUGCAACUAGCUUGGAUUCCUUGGAUCCUUUGAUUCUGGAGUGUUUUCUGGACUUGGGUUCCUUCCGUGAAGAUGAAAGGAUCCCUGCCUCUGUUCUAAUAGAUAUUUGGGUUGAACUGUAUGAACUAGAUGAUGAGGAUGAUGCCUAUGUCAACCUCCUUGAACUUGCCUCCCGAAGUCUUGUGGAUUUGGUUGAAAGUACAGGGAAAAAUGCAGGUAAGAUUGAUGAUGGCUUCGAUGGGCUGUUUGUUACCCAGCAUAAACUACUCAGAGAGCUGGCCAUCUACAAGAACCGGCAGCAGAGUGACGACCAGAGCCGACAGCGGAUUAAAAGAAGACUUACCAUAGACAAAAGAGAAAAAGAAGGCCAUCCCAGGAGCUUGAGGAAACAAGAACACCACCAGCAACUCAAUGCCCACCUUGUUUCUGUCCACACAGAUGAAAUGUGUUCAAAAAGCUGGAAUGACAUGCAUCUUCCUGAGGUUGAGGUUUUGAAUCUGAAUUUCUCAGCGAGCAAGUACACAUUACCCCCAUUGAUGGAGAAAAUGGAGAAGCUGAAGGUUCUAAUUAUUGUAAACUAUGGAAGGAACCAUGCGAAGCUAAGUGAUUUGACACCACUCAAUUAUUUGGGUUAUUUAAAGAGGAUCAGGUUGGAGAAAGUUUUGGUUCCUUCCCUUCAUAAACUUGAAACACCAAUGAUUAAUUUGCAGAAGAUAUCAUUAUCAAUGUGUGAGGUUGGCGAAACCUUGAGGGACUGCACCAUCAAUGUUUCUGAAAUGUUACCUGUUCUUGUUGAGAUCAACAUUGAUUACUGUGAAGAUCUGGUGGAAUUGCCUCCGUGGAUCUGUGAUAUUGCCGGUUUACAGAAGCUCAGCCUUACCAACUGCCAUAGGUUAUUUGCACUACCCGAUGGAAUUGGAUGUCUAACAAAUUUAGAGUUGUUGAGGCUGCAUGCCUGCAAAGGAUUGUCUAGCUUACCAGAUUCAGUAGGUGGACUUCAGAAGCUGAGAAGCUUUGACAUAUCAGAUUGCUCGGAAUUAAAGGAAUUGCCCCCUUGUGCCACAAAACUUGUUCAUUUAAAGGAAGUGAUCUGUGAUGAAAAUACAUCUAAACUUUGGGAAUCCCUACAGGUCAAUUUACCUUAUCUAAAGAUAAGGAGGUUUGCUUAAAGACAACAUCAAUUGCUUUGGGAUUUAAUCUUAGGAGCCACAGCUAUCUCUGAAAAGGAUGUUUAUUAG